AUGAUAUGUGCAUUAAUCUCAUCUACUGGUUGGGCACAGCAAGCUGAUUGGAUUUCACAACUUUGUCAAGGAUAUGCACCAAAUGAAAAUAUAACAACAUCAAUUAACUGUAGUCAAAAUUCAACAAUAAAUUCUUACAGAUUACUAUCAACAAAUACAGUUAAAAUAGCAGCAAUAUCUAGUUGUAUUCUUUGUCUUGUUAUUAUACUAAUUAUUUAUUUAAUUCAUGUAUUUACUGGAUUACGUAAACGAAGAAAAUGGAAAAUGAUUACUAGAAUAAUUGCCAUUAUUUUCAUCGUUUUAUGUCUUCUUAUAUUUGCUAUAUCCAUAGCUGCAGUUUACUGGGAAUUAAAAUUAAUAACAAUAUUUGGUAUACAAUAUACAUCUAAUGCUUAUCAAUUAACACCAAAUGGUUACUGUAAAGCACAAACAGGUUUAGCUGGUGCAACUGCCGGAUUUGGUAUUUUAUCUGGAUCGUUUUUACUGAUUGAUAUUAUAUGUCGUUUAUUAACUAUUGGAUCAUUACGAAAACAAGAUCGAAGACGAAAAAAGCGUAUUAGUGUUAUAUCUUAG